GCCAUUGCUUGCCCUGCAUCUCUCCUAGCUAGGUGUCUUCUCUUGCUGAGUGAAGAUAAAACAAUGGGUUCGUCCUGGACCGAGAGUCAAAACAAUCUCUUCGAGCGUGCGCUGGCAGUAUAUGACAAGGACACACCAGACCGCUGGCACAACGUUGCGCGGGCAGUCGGCUGCGGCAAGACAGCCGAGGACGUGAAGAGGCACUACAAGUACCUGAAGACGGACGUGAAGCACAUCGAAACCGAAGAAGGCGGCCGAGGAUCCCAGUCCAGCAGCCCUGCUGGUGCUGGUGCUGGUGGCAGUGGAAGCAGCAGCAGCAGUUCUUGGGGCAGGGACAACGGUGACAAGAGGAUGACGAGGCACCCCAACCAGCCGCAGUGAAGUGGAUGUGAUCUUGGAGAGAGCCUUAUCUCUAGAGCCUAGAGCAGCAAUAGGUCCACAUAAGAAACAAACAAACAAACAAAAAAGGAGACAUGAUGAUUGGUGCGCUCUCUAGAGAUGUUAACUAAGGGGGUGUUUGGUUUCUAGGGACUAAUUUUUAGUUCCUACAUUUUAUUCCAUUUUAGUUGCAAAAUUGCUAAAUAUAGAAACUAAAAUUCUAUUCUAGUUUCUAAAUUUGGCAAUUUAUAGUCUAAAAUGGAAUAAAAUAAUGGGACUAAACAUUAGUCCCUACAAACCAAACACCCCCUACCUAUGCUAUUUCGUGGCUUCCAUUCCAUCCAAGUGUACGUCGUCGUCAGGCCGGUUUGCUGUAUUCUGCUACCUGGUAGCGUUUGCGUGCUAUAUAUGCUACGGUGAAAGUGAAAUAAAUCUGUGGUUCCUUG